UUCUAAUAAAUUUGUUAUAUUAAACAUUUAUUUAGUCGAAUGUUGAACCUCCAAAUUUGACAAUCUUUCUAAUAAAUUUGUUAUAUUAAGCAUUUAUUUAGUCCAAACUCAUCAUACCAUGAAAAUUCCAAUGUGAUCCAAUUACAACAUUUUAUUUUAUUUUAAUUCAAUGAGUAACGCGGUUGCUUCAUUCACUAAUCACUAGUCGUAGAUUAUUGAUUUAUUUCCCAUCUCUGAUCAUUAAUUUCAGAGUGUGGACUUUGGCACCUAGUGGCAGCUAGCUGCCCGUGGUCCGAGUAGCGAGCAAGUAGCAGCAAGUAGCACAGGCCCCAUGUUCCCUUCCCUACCGCCGAUCACAUGACGCCCGAUCAAACAAUCUCAUCUCCUUUAGAAUUUCCACCCGGCGCCACACACCAUUCACAUUCCCACUAUUUAAUCCAAACCCUCCUCUGCCAUUUUCACUCCGAUCACUCCCCAAACCCCCCCAAACAAUGGCGUCCCAAACCUCCACAAUCAUCAGCUCAAAGUUCACAGAGCAAGACUGGAUCAUCCACAUUGAGCGCACCAUCGCCCUCCCCGACCUCGACGCCGUCGCCCAAACCCGCCCUUCCAUCUUCCACGUCCCGGAAUCCGUCCGCAUCCGCAACCGCCACUCCUUCUCCCCUCAGACCGUCGCAUUGGGGCCGUACCACCACUGGGUCCCCGACCUCUACCGCCUGGAAACCCUCAAGCUCGCCGCCGCCAAGAGGGCUCACUCCAAAUUCCGAGUCUCCGCCGAGUUCAAGCAGUUCGUCGACGAGCAACUGGCGGAGCAGCUCGCCCCGGAUCUCCGCGCCUGCUACGACGCCCACCUGCCCAUGAGCGACGCCGCUCUCGCCUGGAUUAUGGCCGUCGACGGGCUGUUCCUCCUCGAUUUGCUCUACGGAGAUCUGCAGGACGAGGGUCUCACGAGAGACGUCUUGUUGCUGGAGAAUCAGAUCCCGAUGAUUUUGUUGACGGAGGUGGUUUUCGGGAAAUUCAGUGGCGACAUUGACGGGUCAAUUAGUCCGACGGGUAGGGAUUUGAUUUCCGUUUCGGUUGAUUUCUGCAGACGGGUCUCGCCCCUGGAAUUGGGAUUACCCGACCCGGAUCCGAAACCAAAGCAUUUGUUGGAUCUCUUCUACCGCCUGCUCGUUGGUGCGAAAGAGAAGCCGAAAGUCAAAUCGGAAGGCUACUCCUCCGACGAAAUCUCGGCGGAGAAGCCGGGCAAUUGUGUGCAGAGUCUCCGGCGGAGGGUGCUGGCGUGGCUGCGGAGGGUAGUUUCGGAAGAGGAUGCCGCCGGUUUUAUCCCGUCUGCUUCCCAGCUGCGAGAUGCAGGGUUGAGAUUCCGGGUCGUGGAAUACGGCGGCGUUUCAGGGAUAUGUUUUGACAAGAGGUUCAAAACGCUCAGACUUCCGUCGUUUAGCUGGAAGCCUCACUGCGACGUCGCUUUGCGGAACCUGGUCGCGUACGAGGCUGCGGCGGAGCCGGAGCGGCCGAUCCUGGCGCGGUACGCCGAUCUGAUGAACGGGUUGCUGCAGUCCGCCGCGGACGCCGAGGUGAUGGAAGAGGAAGGCGUUACCGUCGCUGCCGCAGGCGGCGGAGCGCUGGAAGUGUUCGGGCGCGGGAUGGGUUUGUCGAACGUCGGCGGAAACUGCUCGACGGCCUUAGACGGUACCAUUGAGGCAGUGAACGAAUUCUACAGGGAGAAUCGGAAGGUGGAGGUGUGGAAGACGGCGAAGAGGUACGGGAAGCGGGCGACGGAGAUCGGGACGUUCGUGGCGGCGCUGGGGCUGUUGGUCUUCUUCUGCCUGCAGAUUGUUUUGGGGAUUUUCGAAGGUGGGAUCUCCGGUGUUUCUGAGAUGACGCCGGCGGCGGGAAUUGCGAAGGUGUUGCCGGGGUAUUCCGGUGGGUCCUAUCUGCCGGAAUCUCAGUAACGUUGACUCCGUUGUAUUUGCUUUUUGUGAAAAUUUGUACUGAUUUGCGUUCGUGAUGAUUCCACGAGUAAUGCUAACUGAGAUGUGUUUGUUAGAUCCGAUCCCGUUGCUAGCUGUAUCCAAUUGGCUUAUAUAUUUUACUCUCUUUUUGGCUCCACUAUUGCGAUCUAGUUGGCUGCAUCGCUGUGACUCCGUUGCUGUUAAUUGUGGAUUAGUCUGCCACUCAAGUUUUUGUUUCACGCAUGAUCGGCUGAUUAAUUGGUUGCGAUUGGCUUAAUUAGCUUUAAGACAUUGAUUUGUUGAUGGAUGGGUGGUGGGUUUGUAUUGUCAACCUAAUCAUGAAAAGGUGACACUGGGUUUGAACUUUGAUGUAGUUGUUUCUUCAGUGACUAUGCCAUAAUAAGUGCCAUACGCCAUUAUUGGGGGAAACGGCAAGUGGGUUGACCAAUGACCACUACUGCUAGUUGUCUAGCAUGGAUUAGCACUUGUAAUGUCGGGCAACUAGAUGUCCAAGAUCGAGUUUUGAUAAGUACAUGAUGGUUUUCUAUCCAAACUUGUUAAAGAUAUGGAUUUUAGAGGUUUUCAAGCUAUUUUGGGAAUUAAGUUGGUGGAUGUGGUUUGAAGAUUCGCCCUUCACCUUAAUCAGUUGGUGGACGAGAUGACCCGAAAGUGCAUCUUACUCAUGUUUAUCGCGAGAACAAUUUAUUGUUUAUUAUCAAGUCCAUUGGGGAUAUAUUCUCAUUUUGAAUGUCAUAAUAUAAAUUUUUUUAACUGACUUUUGUAUGACUCUUUGAUCUUCCUAUCAUUAACUACAUUUGAUUUAAAAUUGACAUGUGUCAAAUACUUUCGUUCAAAUCAUACUAGAAGUUGUCAACAAUAAUACCUGUUUUUAGUUACAAGUGCAUUCAAGUGUAGACAACUCCAUCAUAAAUAAAUAAGCAUAUUUCUUUUUUUUUUUUGGUAGAAAAAUAAGUAAAUUUCUGGGAACAAGAGUGUUUGACUCAAAUAACUUUGCAUAUUAGGGAAUUCAGUCUUCUUGCAAUGUUAAUUGAUCAAAAGAAAAAAAGUGAUCAACACGCAAAAUAUAAGUAAAUAUGACAUGACGACUAAUCAAUUUAUAAAGAAAUU